AUGGAUAACGACAGAGUUAAAUAUGGAUUUGGUUAUGAUCGCAGAAUUAGUGACUACAAGUUGGUGCGAAUUGCGGAUUAUGAAAAUACUGGUUGUUUUAACAUUCACGUUUACACCUUAAGGUCGGAUUCAUGGAGAAGUACUCAAACCAACUUCCCUUAUCUAUUUGCUCGUCAAGCAAGACCUUCUGGAUUGCUACCUUCCGGGUUGCUUUUUAAUGGUGCACUCCAUUGGUUAGGCACCCAAAAAACCUCAUCUGAAAGCGCAAUAAUCUCUUUUGACAUUAUCAAUGGGAGACUUCUGGAUUUCCCAUAUCCAGAAGAAACUAUGUCAGAACUAGAAGAUAGUCGUGAGUUGUUUAAAAAUCUGUGUGUGUUGGAAGGCUGCCUUUGCUUAGUUUUGAUUUACAGAUAUGUCCUGAUUGAUGUGUGGGUGAUGCACAAUUAUGGAGAAAGAGAAUCCUGGAAAAAAUGGUUUACCGUUCCUAAAUCAACAAUGACUCGGUCUUACUUCUGGCAACCGAUAUGGUCUUUCAAUGAUGAAGAGAUUCUAGUAGAUAACUUGUCGAGUUUGGUUGUAUAUGAUAUAAAGAACACAACUACUAGAAAUGUGUUCAUUGCUGGUGUUUGUGGGCCAAGGAAUCAACCGGAAAGUUAUGUGGAGAGCCUCGCCCAACUUUACUCAGGUACUUAUGCACGGAGUAAGAGUAAGAGUAAGAGCAAGCGCAAGCGCGGAGUAGAUUGA